AUAACAUUUCCAUUGUAUUGAUGUCGUUUAAAUAAUAUAUCCGUACAUUUGUCGUCUUCGCGCCCGUUCUAGACUUGGAUGAUCAAAUCGAUGCUGAUUACCUCAGCAGAACCCCAUAGCUACGUCGACAACAUCAUCAUUCUUACUCCGGAGAACAAUAAUUGACCACAUCAAUGUCCUCCGUGGUUCUAACCGGUACGCUCUUGGUCCAAUUCUCCUCCAGACAGUUGGGACCCCAGGAUUUCGCCUCCUCAACUCGACAUUUGUUUGAAACUCGCUCUACAGUUACCCCCCGAAGGCGGGUCCCAUGAAUGGCGUCUCCGAUACCCGCUAUUAACCAUCGAGCACCGCCCAAUUCCGCCCGUAAUCAUGUUCAGAGUACCGUGACAGCCCUUCAGGGGGCCACUGCAGCGUUUACGGUGACGCCUUCGCAAGAUGGACGGCCAGCCACCGGUCAGAAACCCGGGACGACGACACAUCAUGCCGGCUACUCCCGUCCCCAGCCAGGGUUUCACCCCGAUUCUGAAUCGGAACCAACCCCUGAAGUGGGCUCGGUCAAGGACAAAAUUGGUCUGUUCGCUUCUAAUUCGCAUUUAAAUGACUCGCGUGGGAACUCACAGCCGUCCACGCCGGGCACAACCGAGCAAAUUGCCGCUCGUUUUGCACUAGGGAGUUCCCAGGCUGAGAAGAUCGCCGCAAGUGUGGCCAAGGAUGCCGCACAGGAGCGGGGAAAGGCCCGUCCGCCGCCCGACGAUAGUCUUCUUGAUCGAGUUUCACCGUCGCCUGAACCGAUACAAGAUAGAAAUUUAGCAAAAGUCGAUCCUACUGCGAUCAGUUCUUCGAAUGGCCAGGAGGUACCACUCAAAAACAAGCCUCCUCCGCGCAAGCCAUCGCCGAAAUCACUUGCAGAUGCCACACAAAUCGCCUCGAAGAAGCCCCGUCCUGUUCCGCCAAUUCCUAGAAAGGAACGGCCGGUUCCAAAGCCACCAACGCCGGCUCCCUCAACACCCAGCAACAACCGCGCCGAUGAGUCUCGCGGCCCUGCAAAAGACCCGCCCAGCCAAGGCGGUGUCAUCCGCCCGAAGGAUGUCUCUGUUCCGCCAGAGGAAAAGGCACCAGCACUACCCCCUCGACCACCUAUCUUGUCAACGCCUAAAGUCGACGUGCGAAGCCAUCGGCAUCUUUUGAAUGAAAGUGAACCAAACCAAUCAACCAGCCCCAGCUCCGGGUCGCCGUACCGCCAGCCACGCAGCAACAUGAGCAGUACGAGCUUAUCCGGAGAAUCAAGGGUCAUGGACGAAGAAGCCCUGUCUGACGCAAUAGUGGCCUCGUCGCUGGCGGCAAGGCAUUCCCAGGCGCGGAAGGUCCCUCCGGCGCCGCCCCCACAACGCCGACCAGGGGCUCGGUCUGUCCUCCAACUCCAAGCCCCAGGCCAAAGAGAUCGCUCCACUCCGGUUAGCCCUGCGGGCAGUCUACGGCAGACCCUCCGCAGCGACGGCCUCGGCGAGGAGAACGACGAGUACAGCCGCCAUCAUCAUCACAAACCACACUUCAUCCACAAGCACCCCCACAAACACCACGAAGGCGACCGCAAAAAAUGGCGCGGCGAAGUGACGGAGAAAGAACGCAAGCGUUACGAGGGUGUCUGGGCCACCAACAAGGGCCUGCUGAUCCCUGCAAAGGAGCAGAUGAGCAGCAGUGACCGAUAUCCGCCCGACGCCUCCGAGAUGGUCGCGAAUGUGAUCGUCCGCGAUAUCUGGUCACGCAGCCGCCUACCGCGUCCCACUCUGCAGGAGAUUUGGGAUCUAGUGGACCGGCAGGAUAUUGGGCUCCUGACGCGGGAGGAGUUCGUGGUGGGGAUGUGGUUGAUUGAUCAGCAACUGAAGGGGCAUAAGUUACCAUCGACAGUGCCGGCCAGUAUCUGGGACAGCGUCAGGGACCCAUCCGGAAUUAAUCUCCGCAAGCUUCCCCCUCGGCCAAGCUGACCCAGGUGGUCUUUCUUUCUUGCGUCCCCCUUUCUAUGUACAUUUACGAUAGUAAGGGUCUAGACCUAUGCAUGCAAUCUAGAUAUUUGGGAUAGACCAGCGGUCUAGUUUAAGAUCAUCGAAGGGAUACAUUGGUAUGGGUGGGCGGGGAUGGCGUAUGAUGCUCAAUUUAGUUUUACCCACAUCAACCCAGCGUAGCAUCGAGUCGUCGACAGCUCCAAGGACUUUUUUCAGCCUCCGUUUUCCUUUCCUGGGCCAACGCGCAGUUGAUGGAGACCAGGAAUGCAAAGUGGAUCCUAAUGUUGGUGGGGAGGGGUGGUCACCCACUUCAGAUGCCAAAUUACUGACAGAUGAAAUCACGCACGGGGAGGCCAGAGACCCUCGAUGGAAUUUGAUAUGGAGUUGUUUGCCUGGGAAGGGACCAAGGAAUAACGGGGCGAACAAUGGAACCUGAGGCUGUUGGAUCGACAUUCUCGAGAUGCAAUGAGAAAGGGAGGGAAGGGACCGAACCAGUGGAGUAGCCCCAACUGCCUGAUUCAGUGACAGAAAACCCCACUGUAUCUACCUAUUGAGAUAGGGUUUUCCUACUUUCCGAGAAGUAUA